GACAUCUUUCAAUCGUCGAUCGUUUUCUUCGCGAAUGGGCGUACCCCGCGCACGCAAGUGAAUGCGUGUCGUCGAUCGUGUCUAUUUCUCUCCGUGAAAGGUAUGCGCGUACAGCUUCCAAACGGCAAGAUCACGCCGCAACGGUGAAACUUCGCCGAUUAACGAUAGAAAAUAGUCGGCAGCGCGACAGGAAAUAUGUGAAGUCGCCGUGUGGUGUGUGGUGCACAAGAAGCAGAAAGGGCAAGCUUACCUCAUUACUCAUUAAAAGUGUGCCAGCUCAAUCUACCCAAAUCCCACCGAAAGAGCAACGCGUUGUGUGUUAUAAAUAUAUAUAUAUGUGUGUUAUUGAUGUAGGAAAUAAGGUGAAGGCGUUCUUCCGUGCCGUGUAGAUACGAUAGUGAAAUUGGUUUGUGAAUCAAAGUACAAAGCGAAGGUGUACAGUGGGUGCUGUGAAAUCUCGCCAAGAGCUUAUAGAAGUGGCAUAAACCCACCGAUUUCAAAAAAUAAAACGUCACUUUGCUUGGCUGUGAGUGCAUGCCCGCUUCCAGAGUGUGCCAAGUGAACUUCCCAUUCCCACACCACACGACAAAAAACGAUGACCAUCGUAAAUGUGAAACACCCGAACGUGUUGCCCCAACCGGCGGCGGCUUCCUCUGGCGGUGUCGGUGGUGGCAUUAGUGGCAGCGGCAGCCUUACACACGGUGUGGGCGGCGGUGGUAACGGGCGUGCGGGUGGCAUCGGUGGUGGCCGCAUCAGUCCCUCCUCGAACGGCUCCUCCGCCUUCAGUAAGAUGCGUCCCUCCGCCAAGCGGUGCCUGUUCGAUACCCGGCCCGAUCCGAUCGACACCAAGCGGAUAUGCGACGAAAGUGACAAAGCCGAACGGCAGCGCGCCAUCAAGCGGUACGAGUUCGAUACGUACGCCUGCCGCAGUGUGGCCUCCUCGGCCAGCGCGUCAGCUGCGGCCGGGCUGCACCAUCGCCACCAUCACCAGUGAAAACCCACCCCCCCCCCCAGGCCCCUGAUACAGUGGCUCCCAGAGUCUUGGACUAAUUUUCCCGUGAGGCACACUAAAAGCGAGCCCGUCCGUCACCAUUCACACACCAGUGUUCCGCGAAGUUCGCUCGUUCGCAGUGCAAAAGACGUGCGCGCCACCAAAAGAGUGCAAUACCGCCAAACAUCCGUGGGCUGUGUAUAAGAAAAAAAAAGAUAUAGAGAGAAAGAAAGCAGGAAAGCAUAAAAAAACUAGACAAACAGGCAAAUGAUUGACAAAAACUACAAUGAAACAAGCAAACAAAACUGUAACAAACAGGAGAGAAGGCAGCAGUACGUAAAUGUGUCUCCUUCCGUACGUGAAACAGUAACCAGCCAGCAGCGUUAUGUCGCAGCUUAAAUAAACCACAAACCAUUCUACACCAAUCCACAGGUAAGCUAAGGAAACAGAAAAAAAACUGCACAUGAAUAACGGGUAAUACGAUACUGUUUAACAAAUUUUCCAUCACAAUGAGAUGCAUUUUCGCGCCAAAAGUGCAUCUGUCGCGAGCGCAGUCUCAGCUGAACGGAUGAGUGUGUGACACACCGCACACACCAAUAUGUGGGUGAACGUUCAAGCCGGAUGGGAAAAGGGAAAGAGCACAGAGCCCUUCAUGGCUUCGUCAAGGUGUGUGUGUUUUUGCGCC